CACACUGUUUACUACUCUCUCUUUUUUGCCAGUAUUGGAAGAAAGCACACACGCAGGACUGAGCACUGGAUUGACUGCUCCAUGCAGCUGUGUGCUGUGAGUUUUAGACUGGAUAGAAGUGAAUGUCAGAGAGAGACACAGGACUGACAUCUGACAAGCGUGCUUUGUGAGGAUAUGUGUGACAGAGAAAUGGGACCUGAAUUGCGAAAUGCCUCGUCUGAAGCUGUUAGCCUUGAUGGAACAACAAGUGCCUUCUCGCAAAUGGAACACAACAUCGUCGCUGGAUAUCUUAUUGCUGCAUGUGUGAUCAGUUUGUCCAGUAACCUUGUGGUGCUGAUUAUGUUUGUUAAGUUCAAAGAGUUGCGUAAUGCCACUAAUGCCAUCAUCAUUAAUCUGGCAUUCACUGAUGUUGGUGUGGCGGGCAUAGGUUACCCCAUGUCUGCUGCCUCUGACCUACAUGGUAGCUGGAAAUUUGGUUACACUGGUUGCCAGAUAUAUGCUGCUCUGAAUAUAUUCUUUGGCAUGGCCAGCAUUGGACUACUUACUGUGGUUGCCAUUGACAGAUACAUUAGCAUCUGCAGACCCGACAUAGGGCAAAAGAUGACCACACGCUCAUAUACACUCCUGAUUGUGGCUGCAUGGCUGAAUGCAGUGUUCUGGUCUUCCAUGCCAAUUGUGGGCUGGGCUGGAUACGCUCCUGAUCCAACUGGAGCCACCUGCACCAUCAACUGGAGGAAAAAUGAUGCGUCCUUCAUCUCCUACACUAUGGCGGUGAUUUCUGUUAACUUCAUCGUACCACUGUCGGUCAUGUUUUACUGCUACUACAGUGUUUCAGUCACCAUAAGGAGAUACAAGGCCAGCAACUGCCUGGACAGCAUCAACAUAGAUUGGUCAGAUCAGAUGGACGUCACUAAGAUGUCCAUUGUGAUGAUUGUGAUGUUCCUGGUGGCCUGGUCUCCAUACUCCAUAGUGUGUCUCUGGGCAUCGUUUAGUGAUCCCAAAAAGAUUCCUGCACCGAUGGCCAUCAUCGCCCCGCUCUUCGCCAAGUCUUCUACCUUCUACAACCCCUGCAUCUACGUGAUCGCAAACAAGAAAUUCAGAAGAGCUAUAAUUGGAAUGUUACGAUGCCAGACCCGUCAGCGAAUCACCAUCAGCAACCAAGUCCCCAUGACUGUUUCUCAGUCACCUCUCAACCAGUAGAUGAUGACCUGUGAUCAUGCCUACACACAGCUCCUAUCAUGCCCUCUGCUCAGCGCUGGACGCUGUUCCUGUCUUGCACCAAUAUGAAACAGUCUCACUUGGAUCUAAAAGGCUCCAAUAUUGUUGUUUGCUGUAUAACAUACCAGCAGCUCAGCAACUACUGGUGUUAAGCUUAAUGCAGAAGAUUCAGUAAAGUCUUGGCUUUAUGGUGUAAA